CCGCCUCCCGCCGGGAGCGACCCGGGCGGCGCCGGCCGCCUCGCGCGGGCCGCGGGUCCGCCUCCGCCGCUCCGAGGGCGUGGGCUCCGGGCUCCCGGAAGCGGCGGGCGGGCGGCGUGGAGCCGAGCGGGCGCCCGUCCCCGGAGUGGCAAUGCUCGGCGGCGGCGGCUGGCGGCGGUGACCUGAGCGCGGCGGCCCGAGCCGGGGCCUCUCCAUGGCGGCUCGCUGAGGCGGAGGCUGUUAGCGUGGCGGCGGCCGAGGGGAUGCUGCUCAAGCUUUUGCAGAGACAGACCUAUACCUGCCUGUCCCACAGGUAUGGGCUCUACGUCUGCUUCGUGGGCGUCGUGGUCACCAUCGUGUCCGCCUUCCAGUUCGGAGAGGUGGUUCUGGAAUGGAGCAGGGAUCAAUACCAUGUUUUGUUUGAUUCCUACAGAGACAAUAUUGCUGGGAAAUCCUUUCAGAAUCGGCUCUGUCUGCCCAUGCCAAUCGAUGUGGUUUAUACCUGGGUGAAUGGCACAGAUGUUGAACUACUGAAGGAACUGCAGCAGGUCAGAGAACAGAUGGAAGAAGAGCAGAAAGCAAUGAGAGAAAUCCUUGGAAGGAAUACGACAGAACCCACUAAAAAGAGUGAGAAGCAGUUGGAAUGCCUGCUGACACACUGCAUCAAGGUGCCGAUGCUUGUCCUGGAUCCGGCCCUGCCAGCCAACAGCACCCUGAAGGACCUGCCAUCUCUUCAUCCUUCUUUCCAUUCCGCCAGUGACAUAUUUAAUGUUGCAAAACCCAAAAACCCUUCUACUAAUGUCUCAGUUAUUGUUUUCGACAGUACUAAGGAUGUUGAAGAUGCCUACACUGGACUGUUGAAACGAAACAGCAAACAGGCAGUUUGGAGGGGCCACUUGACGACAGAUAAAGAAGUCCCUGGAUUAGUACUAAUGCAAGAUCUGGCUUUCCUAAGUGGAUUUCCUCCAACAUUCAAGGAAACAAGUCAACUGAGAACAAAACUGCCAGAAAAUCUUUCUUCUAAAAUUAAGCUGUUACAGUUGUAUUCAGAAGCCAGUGUGGCACUUCUAAAAUUGAAUAGCCCUAAGGAUUUCCAAGAACUGAAUAAGCAAACCAAGAAGAACAUGACCAUUGAUGGGAAAGAAUUGACCAUAAGUCCUGCGUAUCUGUUAUGGGAUCUGAGCGCCAUCAGCCAGUCCAAGCAGGAUGAAGACGUGUCUGCCAGCCGAUUUGAAGACAACGAGGAGCUGAGGUACUCGCUGCGAUCUAUCGAGAAGCAUGCGCCGUGGGUUCGGAAUAUUUUCAUUGUCACCAACGGACAGAUCCCAUCCUGGCUGAACCUUGACAAUCCCCGAGUGACGAUCGUAACACACCAGGAUGUUUUUCGAAAUUUGAGUCACUUGCCUACCUUCAGCUCACCUGCAAUCGAAAGUCACAUCCAUCGUAUCGAAGGCCUGUCCCAGAAGUUCAUCUACCUGAACGAUGAUGUGAUGUUUGGGAAGGACGUCUGGCCGGAUGAUUUCUACAGUCACUCCAAGGGCCAGAAGGUUUACUUGACAUGGCCUGUGCCCAACUGUGCCGAGGGCUGCCCAGGGUCCUGGAUCAAAGAUGGCUAUUGUGACAAGGCUUGUAAUAAUUCAGCCUGUGACUGGGACGGUGGUGAUUGCUCGGGCAACAACGCAGGGCAUCGGUACGCUGCAGGAGGUGGGGGUACCGGGAGCCUGGGGCUUGGACAGCCCUGGCAGUUUGGCGGAGGACUAAACAGCGUCUCGUACUGUAACCAAGGAUGUGCAAAUUCCUGGCUUGCCGAUAAAUUCUGCGACCAAGCCUGCAACGUGUUGUCCUGUGGGUUUGAUGCUGGAGACUGUGGGCAAGAACAUUUUCAUGAAUUGUAUAAAGUAACUCUUCUCCCAAACCAGACUCACUAUGUUCUUCCAAAAGGUGAAUGCCUGCCUUAUUUCAGCUUUGCAGAAAUAGCCAAAAGAGGAGUUGAAGGGGCCUACAGUGACAACCCAGUCAUUCGACAUGCUUCUAUUGCCAAUAAGUGGAAAACCAUCCAUCUCAUAAUGCACAAAGGGAUGAAUGCAACCACAAUACAUUUUAAUCUCACGUUUCAAAAUUCACGUGAUGAAGAGUUCAAAACCCAGAUAACAGUAGAGGUGGAUACAAGAGAGGGGCCAAAAGUGAACACUACGACCCAGAAGUCUUACGAAAAUCCGGUUAGCCCCGUAACACCUCUAACAGAGGCGGAGGUCCUUUUUGAAGAUAUCCCAGAAGAAAAACGCUUCCCAAAGGUCAGGAGAGCUGAUGGGAACACAACAGGACGAGCCCAAGAGCAGGUGGAAAUCCCUCUGGUAAAUAUUUCUCUCCUUCCCGAAGAGAUCCAGCUGAAGCUCCACAAGCUGGAUUUGCAGCUGGAACAAGGAGACAUCACCGUGAAAGGCUACAAUGUGUCCAAGGCAGCCUUGCUGACAUCCUUUCUGAUGAGUUCACAGGGUGCCAACUUCAGAGUCAGUCCAGCUGUAAGAACAGACAUGACGAAGGACAGCAUGGAAGCCCCACCGCUGGAGAAACAGGGCCACGGAAGCACCUCACCAAGCAGCCUGGGGGCCCCCCAAGUACAGUGGUCAGCAGGCACAGGAAAAGCAAAUGGGCACUCCCAGACUCAGAAUCCCCCCCUGGUCUUGGGGACCAAAAGGAGAUUUAGGUCAGAAGCUGAGACUCUCAGAGUAGCAGGUGUGUCGAAAGAAAAGCUGUCUUCUCUUGUUGUUCCAUUGGAAAACCAUGAGGCCAAAGGAAAAAUCAUAGGGGGAGAAGAGGAAGCAAACAGGAUGAACCCCAGUCCUACAGAUCACCAUGAAGUGCUACCUGGAAGGAGACUGCAGCAUUAUACAGAAAGCUACCGGGGCUUUUUGCCAUGGGAGAAGAAAAAAUUUUUCCAAGAUCUUCUUGACGAAGAAGAGUCGUUGAAGACACAAUUGGCCUACUUUACUGAUAGCAAACGAAUCGGGAGGCAACUACAAGACACGUUUGCAGAUUCUCUCCGAUAUGUAAAUAAAAUUCUAAAUAGCAAGUUUGGGUUCACAUCCCGGAAAGUCCCUGCACACAUGCCGCACAUGAUCGACCGGAUCGUUAUGCAAGAACUGCAAGAUAUGUUCCCUGAGGAAUUUGACAAGACAUCAUUUCACAAAGUGCGCCAUUCGGAGGAUAUGCAGUUUGCCUUCUCUUAUUUUUAUUAUCUCAUGAGUGCUGUUCAGCCUCUGAAUAUUUCUCAAGUCUUUGAUGAAAUUGAUACAGAUCACUCUGGUGUCUUGUCUGACAGAGAGAUCCGAACGCUGGCCACCAGGAUUCACGACCUCCCUCUAAGUUUGCAGGAUUUGACAAGUUUGGAACACAUGCUAAUAAAUUGCUCCAAAAUGCUUCCUGCUAAUAUCACACAACUAAGCAAUAUUGCACCAACUCAAGAAGCGUACUACGAUCCCAACCUGCCACCAGUCACUAAAAGUCUGGUAACCAACUGUAAACCAGUAACUGACAAAAUCCACAAAGCGUAUAAGGACAAAAACAAAUACAGGUUUGAAAUCAUGGGAGAAGAAGAAAUUGCUUUUAAAAUGAUUCGUACCAAUGUUUCUCAUGUCGUUGGCCAGCUGGAUGACAUAAGGAAAAACCCCAGGAAGUUUGUUUGCCUGAAUGACAACAUUGACCACAAUCAUAAAGACGCGCAGACGGUGAAGGCUGUUCUCAGGGACUUCUACGAAUCCAUGUUUCCGAUUCCUUCCCAGUUCGAGCUGCCACGAGAGUAUCGGAACCGCUUCCUUCACAUGCACGAGCUGCAGGAAUGGAGAGCCUACCGAGACAGGCUGAAGUUCUGGACCCACUGUGUGCUGGCAACGCUGAUUAUAUUUACUGUAUUCUCCUUUUUUGCUGAACAGCUAAUUGCACUUAAGCGGAAGAUAUUUCCCAGAUUUCCCAGAAGGCGGACACACAAAGAAGCUAGCCCUGAUCGAAUCAGGGUAUAGGAGCUCUUCGUUUGAAAAUCAUCUACCUCAGCAUUUACUGAGUAUUUUAAAACUUAGCAUCACCAAGUUGUCUUCGUGAUGUGAUGUUCGGCCAGCUUGGCCUGAAGAAGGAAAAACAUCCAGGACCCUACCGUCUAGCGGCCUGUGCAGCGCCCACUGCCCAGGAGCCCAUCACCGCCUGCCCCAGCGCGUGUGCUGAGCAACCCGGAAGUGGUUUUCCUUUCACAGCAUUUGCUCUAAGAGGUUCCCUGGUGAGAAGCAGUUCUCCUUUCCCACAGCGACUCCUGGAAGCUGACUGACAUGAGGCCAGCUUAGGGAGGAUUGGCUGUGACAUGAGGCCAGCUUGGGGAGGAUUGUCAGGAAACCCAAUCUUUGCAUUCCAAAGUGUUUUUUUGCUGUAAUUUUGCAUUUUUAAAAUUUUCUUUCCAUUUCCUAUUUUUUAAAUAAGUAGCUACUAAGUUAACUACAUAUUCUUGCUUCUGAACAGGGGCUCUAAACAUGUGUUGUUUUUUUUUUUUUUAAGAUGUUAUUUAAAUGAUACAAUAGUAUCAACUGUUGGCAAUAUCUAAAUCAGAUUUCAUUAAAUUUGAGACAGUAAUUAGUCUUAAACUACUGGCAACUACUGAAGAGCUUCAUAACUCUCCUCAAAAAUCUCUGUGUUGGUUUUCUUCAGCCCCUGUGAUACUGUGAUUUCGCGUGCAGGCCUAAUUUCAAAGGGCUAGAAUGAAGUAGCAGCGCUACUCACCAGUUGUAAUUAUGCUUUGGAAAUGUACAUAUUGUAACAGAAGUGCCUCAUUUUAGAAAUGAGUAGUGCUGAUGGCGUUGGCACAUUCCAGUGGUGUCUUAUUUAAUAUGUGUCGAUUCCAGUAGCUUCCUCUUGCAGUUUCCGGUAGAACAUGCGUCCACAAACUGUUUCUGUAAAAAAAAAGAAAAAACAAACCAGCCAGUAAAUGACGGCAGGCUCCAGAUGUCUCAGUCACAUCUUCUUUUCUGUCGUUUAGUUCUUUGUUUUUGAAAGAACUCUUCAAAAGGUAUAAAAAUCCCAUUUAGCUUACAGCUCUGUGCAGAAGCAGACCACUGGCCGGAUUUGACCCACAGACCAUCACUGGAGGACCGCUGAGAACGUUUACCCGUGCGGGUGAACCCUCGCAUCAGCCAUCUUUUGUUGUAUCAUUCUACAGCGGAUGUGUGGACAUGAGAGUCCUUUCUGAACUCUUGAUAGAUCAUGACUCAACAGUAUUCUCUCAAAACGGCACACAUGUUUUAGAAAAAGAUCCUGAGAUGUAAAUAUUGUGUUUGUGCUGCGACGGUUAUGUAUUUGAAAGAACUGAAGUCUCAUAAAAGUUUUGUCUGAUGUUUUCAUUUUUAAUCUCUAAGUGUUGAAUGAACUGACUCUAGAUUCAGCAGUGUGUCGGGUUCUAUAGUGAACACUACUAAAAUUAAGUAGAAGGUAAACUUAGGAGAGACGAGUGUUAAACCAUGCCAAUGAAUGGUGCUUGACGGAGGCAGCAGAUUGAUUCUAGAUGAAAUUUAUAUUGUAAAAACUUAGGGACAGAUCUAGGAUUCCUUGUAAAAGUGAAGAAUUCAUUCCAUCAGGAUUUAGAGAAGUGUGUACUUAGAUGUAUGAUAACUUCUGUGGUUAGAUUCUGCACACUCCUAGAAAGUUUUUUACUGUGAAUAAUGAAGAGAAAUGAUAGAUAAUAUCUAAUGAUGACACAGUGAAUGAUGUGUCCCAGGAGGGAGUUUAAGAGGCAUCAUCCAUCAUUCUGCACCUGCUCAUGUUGGGGCGUUUCAUGAGCCAAUGAAAUGGUGAGCGUCACAGGGGCACAUUUGAACCUACUGCGUGAAGUAGGGAGUCUAGAAGUAAUUGUUUGAUCAAAUCCUGAAGUCUUUGCUUGUCAGAUCAUACAUGAAAGAGGUGAAAUAUAGGGAUGAUUAUGGAGCUGUUGUACGGUUAAGUUGAAGUAUAUUUUAUUUUUACAUUAUCUGGGAGAGGGGUAACGUAUGCACAGCAAAAAGGAAUACCCCCAGUCUAGGACACUGUACUCUCAGUGAUAAAAUUAUGAGUGCAUUUGAUUUCUUUCAUGUUCUAUCUUCAAAAAUUAUUUUACUGUGAAUAUGUUAGUUUUAUAUCUGGACAUGUUGAAUUUGGGUUUUAGGUAAACUUAUAAUGACUUAUUAAUUAGCCAACCUUGAUUUCAUUGUAA